AUGGAAGGAGGAAUUCAUGAAAUCAAUGCCUCUAGCUUAAAGGAAUGCUUCUCUCUUGCAUGGAGGAAUCCUUACGUUCUUCAACUAGCUUUUUCGGCAGGAAUUGGUGGCCUGCUCUUUGGAUAUGAUACUGGAGUAAUUUCUGGUGCAUUACUUUACAUUCGUGAUGAUUUUUCUUCUGUAGACAAGAAGACAUGGCUACAGGAGAGUAUUGUGAGCACAGCAGCUGCAGGGGCAAUCAUAGGAGCAGCAAUUGGAGGAUGGGCAAGCGAUCGCUUUGGAAGGAAAACAUCGAUCCUGGCUGCAGAUUUCCUCUUCUUUACAGGUGCAGUCAUCAUGGCCUCUGCUCCUAACCCUGCACUCCUCAUUGUAGGCCGUGUGUUUGUCGGACUCGGUGUGGGAAUGGCCUCAAUGACAUCCCCACUCUACAUAUCUGAAGCCUCUCCCGCGAGAGUCCGGGGUGCACUCGUCAGCACCAAUGGGUUCCUCAUAACUGGAGGACAGUUCUUAUCCUAUCUCAUCAACCUAGCCUUCACAAAGGCCUCUGGAACAUGGAGAUGGAUGCUUGGAAUUGCUGCAGUUCCUGCUCUGCUACAAUUCAUAUUGAUGUUUCUUCUACCUGAGUCACCCCGGUGGCUUUAUAGAAAGAGAAGGGAAGAAGAAGCUGAAUCCAUACUGAGAAGAAUAUACUCAGCUCAUGAGGUUGAAGGAGAAAUCAGAGCACUCAAACAAUCAGUUGAAGCUGAGAUAGAGGAAGAGGGAUCAUCUGAGAAGAUCAAUUUUAUCAAGCUGCUAAAAACCAAGACAGUGCGAAGAGGGCUCAUUGCCGGAGUCGGGCUUCAGGUCUUCCAGCAGUUUGUGGGUAUAAACACUGUGAUGUACUACAGUCCUACCAUCGUCCAGUUAGCUGGCUUCGCAUCGAACCAGACAGCGCUUACGCUCUCUCUCGUGACCUCUGGUCUCAAUGCUAUGGGAUCAAUAGUUAGCAUCUACUUCAUUGACAGGACAGGGAGGAAGAAGCUUUUGAUCAUCAGUUUAUGUGGCGUCAUUCUAUCGCUCGGAGUUCUAUCAGCAGUCUUCCAUGAGACCACAUCACACUCGCCAAGCAUUAGUCCUCAGGAGACCAACCAUAUUUCUCAGUAUACCUGCCCGGAUCAUCGACAGGCCUCGACUAUCUGGGAUUGCAUGAAGUGCUUGAAAGCAUCAUCUCCAGACUGUGGAUUCUGUGCUGCUGCCGCUGAUAAGCUAUUUCCUGGGGCAUGCCUGAUUUCGAAUACAUCGGUGAAGGAUGCAUGUCAUGGGGAAGGCAGGCUAUGGUAUGAGAGGGGUUGCCCAAGCAGAUAUGGAUGGCUAGCAUUGAUUGGAUUGGCACUAUACAUCAUAUUCUUCUCACCAGGAAUGGGAACUGUGCCUUGGAUUUUGAACUCUGAGAUAUAUCCUUUAAGAUUCAGGGGAGUUUGUGGGGGAAUGGCAGCCACUGCAAACUGGGUUUCCAACCUGUUUGUGUCACAGUCAUUCCUAUCUCUGACUGAGGCAAUUGGGACUUCAUGGACUUUUAUGAUCUUUGGAUUGGCAUCAGUGGCUGCACUGUUCUUCGUGUUGAUCUUUGUACCGGAGACCAAGGGGCUGCCGAUCGAGGAGGUGGAGAAGAUGCUCGAGCAAAGGGUUCUUCGAUUCAAGUUUCGGAUGAAGAGGCUAGAUCAUAUCAAAAAUAAUUCAGAUGCUGCCACGCCCUGAACCCACCACUCGAGCUGGGCACAUAAGAUGUGCACCAUGUUCUAUGGUACCGAAUGCAACCAUG